AUCGCAGCCAUGUUCCUGGUUAACUCGUUCUUGAAGGGCGGUGGCGGUGGUGGUGGCGGUGGAGGCGGGGGCCUGGGCGGGGGCCUGGGGAAUGUGCUCGGAGGCCUGAUCAGCGGGGCCGGGGGCGGCGGCGGAGGCGGCGGCGGCGGCGGAGGAGGAGGCGGAACGGCCAUGCGCAUCCUGGGCGGAGUCAUUAGCGCCAUCAGUGAGGCAGCUGCGCAGUACAACCCGGAGCCCCCGCCCCCACGCACCCAUUAUUCCAACAUUGAGGCCAAUGAGAGUGAGGAAGUCCGGCAGUUCCGGAGACUGUUUGCCCAGCUAGCUGGAGAUGACAUGGAGGUCAGCGCCACAGAACUCAUGAACAUUCUCAACAAAGUUGUGACCCGACACCCUGAUCUGAAGACCGAUGGUUUUGGCAUUGACACAUGUCGCAGUAUGGUGGCCGUGAUGGAUAGUGAUACCACAGGCAAGCUGGGCUUUGAGGAAUUCAAGUACCUGUGGAACAACAUCAAAAAGUGGCAGGCCAUAUACAAACAAUUUGAUGUUGACCGCUCAGGGACCAUUUGCAGCAGUGAGCUCCCGGGCUCCUUUGAGGCAGCAGGGUUCCACCUGAAUGAGCAUCUCUACAACAUGAUCAUCCGACGCUACUCAGAUGAGGGAGGGAACAUGGAUUUUGACAACUUCAUCAGCUGCUUGGUCAGGCUGGAUGCCAUGUUCCGUGCCUUCAAAUCUCUUGACAAAGAUGGCACAGGACAAAUCCAGGUGAACAUCCAGGAGUGGCUGCAGCUGACUAUGUAUUCCUGAAUGAGAACCCCAGACCUGCCCCCUCACUGCCUUGCUAUAGGAGCCAUUUUGGAUCCUUCACUCUCUCCCAGGGCUGAUCCUGUCUGCAGUCACGUCUUCAUGGGUCCUGCUGACCCACAGUCCUUUCGUUCUCCCAGUCCUUGGCACCCAGCUUUUCAGUCAGUAGCCAGGGCCCAGGAUGCCCUAACACUCCAUGCCCUGAGUUACUCCUGUCUCUAAGACACUCUAGCGUGCUCUGCCCAAGGGUCACCCCAUCCCUCUUGCACCCACCAGCUCCAUAACCUCUCUCCUGUACCUGUGCCAAGCCCAACAUUUGUGUGGCUUCCAUGCCCCAAGGGUCGUCUCGCAGUUCGUGAGAUCGCUCCAGUCCCUGCACACCCUGGCACACCCAUUCACAGUUACCUCCCAGGCAGCCAAACUCUAGGCCUCUUGAGGCCCACAGUGCCUUUGUAUUCUACUUCCAGCCUGCCAGGCCCAGGAGGAAAUAAAUGCUCCCCAGUUGCUGCUCUCUAUG